ACAAUUAAUUCCAGGAAGUGAAAAUCGUACGCACGUAGGACGUAUGACGCGUGGGUUUUCUAAAGAGAAGAUCAUCAUGGCAGUUUCUGACGAGGCUCCUCCCGUUACGUUUCCGAUGUCAAUUUCUUGCUUUCGUUUUCUGUUACCUGUUCUUUUAUUUUUGCCCUUUUGGUUCAUAAAUCUCUUCUUGCAAACUUAAUUUUUUCACUAAUGUUCUGGGUUCGGAGAGAAUGGGAUUCGUGGGGAGUUUACUGGGAAUAAUUGGUUUUGCCAUCGGAAUCCCAGUAGGUCUUUUACUGGGUUUUUUCCUAUUUAUAUACGCCGAGCCUGCUGAUGUGGAGGAUCCAAUUGUUAGACCAAUUGAUGAGUUUGACACAAGCUCUUUGCUUGAUAUUUUGCCUGAGAUUCCCCUAUGGGUAAAGCAUCCUGAUUAUGAUCGAAUUGACUGGUUGAACAGGAUGAUAUCUUAUAUGUGGCCUUACCUCAAUAAGGCAAUAUCUGGAAUUAUAAGAAGUACAACAGAGCCAAUGUUUUCAAAGUACACUGACACGUUUCAGAUAAAGUCAGUAGAGUUCAAGAGUCUAAGUCUUGGAACACUUCCCCCUACAUUCCAUGGUAUCAAAGUGCACGAAACUAAUGAAAAUGAACUGGUAUUUGAACCUGCGGUUAGAUGGGCUGGAAAUCCAAAUGUAACUCUGGUAUUUCAAUUAUUGUCACUUGAAAUUACGUUACAGCUGGUGGACAUACAAAUAUUUGCUGCACCUCGCGUUGUUUUGAAACCUCUCGUGCCAACAUUCCCAUGUUUUGGGAGCAUAGUAGUGUCUUUGAUGGAGAAGCCACAUGUAGACUUUGGACUAAAUUUUCUGGGAGGGGAUAUUAUGGCAAUACCUAGUUUAUAUCAAUAUAUUCAGGAUACCAUAAGAAGACAAGUUGCAAGCCUCUACCUCUGGCCCCAAACUUUUGAAAUACAGAUUCUUGCUGGUUCAGUAGGGACUAUGAAGAAGCCUGUCGGCAUACUACAGGUGAAGGUUGUACGAGCACUCAAUCUCUUGAAGAUGGACUUGUUGGGAACAUCUGAUCCUUAUGUCAAACUCAGCCUAAGUGGAGAUAGGCUUCCAUCAAAAAAAACUUCUAUAAAGAUGAAGAACCUGAACCCCGAGUGGAAUGAGGACUUCAAACUCACAGUAAAGGACCCGCAGUGUCAAGUUCUCCAGUUACAUGUCUAUGACUGGGAGAAGGUUGGGGCACAUGACAAGUUGGGAAUGCAAGUAGUUCCACUGAGGUUGCUUAGCCCACAUCAGACCAAAGGACUAACACUUAAUUUGGUCAAGAACAUGAACCCUAAUGAUCCCCAAAACAAGAAAUCGAGAGGGAAACUUGAGGUGGAGUUGACAUUUAAACCUUUUAGAGAAGAUAAUGAACGAUUUAGUGGACCUUUGAACAGAAAUGGAAUAAAAAUAAAUACGGUUGGAAAGGCAUCAGAAGAUGUUCCCUUACACAGAGCUGGUUUACUUCUUGUUUUGCUCCAAGGCGCUGAAGAUGUUGAGGGGAAGCAUCACAGCAACCCUUACGCUCUUGUCACUUUUGGAGGAGAACAGAAGAAAACCAAGCUGAUCAAGAAAACCCGGGAUCCAUGCUGGAACGAAGAGUUCCAAUUUGUGCUGGAACAGGCGCCUUUAAAGGAAAAGAUCCAUAUAGAGGUUAUGAGCAAACGAACAGGCUUCUGUUUGCAUCGAGGGGAGUCAUUGGGGCACGUGGAUAUCAAUCUAGACGACGUGGUAUACAAUGGACGCAUCAAUGAGAAGUAUAAUCUGAUCAACUCAAGAAACGGAGUCAUACAUGUUGAAAUUCGUUGGAGGGUGAUUUGAGAUGUGCCAACAAUAUAGAUAUUAAAUUCUUUUGAUUAUAUUUAUGUACAUGGCAUAGGCCUUUGAAUCACCGUAUCAGGAAAUGGCUUGCACAAAGUCAACCAAAAAGAAUACAAAAUCUACAGUUUGGUUGUAACAUUGUUUUCUUGUUAAUCUUUUACUCUCGUACACCAAUAGAAAGUCAUUGAUUUCUGCAA